AUGAAGUUUUCAUUCCUGACCUCAAUGCUACUCUUCAUGAACCUCUCGCGCUUUACGUCUGAUAUCAGCGCUGCCGUUCUUAGUAUUCAAUCUCCGAAAGCUCUCAACAAGAAGGGCGUAGGGUCGGAUUUUCUCGCCGUCCCGCUCGUCAAGCGAAAUUUACGAGGGUCGCGAACAGUAACAGCAGCAGCGGUUAAGGCGACGGCAUCAGCGGCAACACCGGGCGAAGUCAAUUUGCGGGGAGUUUCGGAAGAAGCUAUGGAGAAGCAGGGUAUUCUCGUCUACGGUGCCACAGGCACCACUGGCACACUCAUUGCCCAGAAGGUCAAGGAGGUCGGCCUUCCAGCCACCCUUGCAGGGAGAAAUCUGAAGAAGCUAGAGGCUAUCGGCAAGGCUGUGGGUCUGCCUGUAGCAGCGGUUGACUUGAACGACACGCAGGGACUGGUGGAGCUGGUGGGGAGGCACAAGGUGGUGCUGCACGUGGCUGGGCCCUUCACAGUCACGUCCAAGCCCAUGAUUGAGGCCUGCAUCAGCACCGGCACCCACUACCUCGAUGUCACUGGGGAGUUUAAGGUGAUGGAGAAUGCGCGCACAUACGAUGCCACAGCCAAGGAGAAGGGCAUCAUGAUUCUGCCUGCUGUUGGCUUCGACGUCAUUCCAGGAGACUGCCUGGCAGGGUACUUGAAGGACAAGCUCCCCUCAGCAACAGAUCUUCACCUCGCCACUUUCAUUUCCACCACCGCUCCUGGCGAGGACCCUCUGUCCAAGCCACCCAGCGCCCUGCCAUCCCACGGCACGCUGAUCUCGGGCGCCAAGCACAUUCUCACGCUGGGAGGGCUGGUGCGAAGGAAUGGCGCGAUCGUGAAGGAGUCCGUUGCGAAAUCUGGUCGCUCCUUCCUCAUUCGCAGGGAGCUCCCGCCUCUCUCCACCAUGUCCUUCCCGGCAGCUGAGCUCUUCAGCACCUCCCUCUCCACCUCCAUCCCCAACAUCACAGUCUACGUGCCAGGUAAAUCCUCCUGGGUGACGUCACUGUUCAUCAGCAUCAUUCAGUUUGCCGCCCGGGUCUGGCCCUUUAACCGCCUCUUGGAGUCUGCCAUUCGAAUGCUGCCCACCCCAGAUACCACCCCGGGUCACAGGGUAAACACGGGCAUGGCAUGCGCGGGGGAGGUGGUAGAUACUGCCAGCAACAAGAGGCACAGGGCAUCUGUGAUUGUAGGCGAAGGGUACCACUUCACGGCAAGCUGCAGCGUGGAAGUGGCACGGAGGGUGUUACAAGGGGAGUUCAAGCCCGGUUACCAGACACCUGCCACAGCAUAUGGUACAAGCCUGGUACAGGAGAUUCCAGGGGAGAGGGUGGAGAUAGUGGAUUUGGACUAG